AACCCUGUUUUCUUUGUCUCUUUGUUGUCAACAGAGGAAUUACAGAAGUUGAGCUGGUCCGGAAUCCCUAAGCCGGUUCGUCCAAUGACCUGGAAGCUGCUCUCAGGUUACCUUCCUGCCAAUGUGGACCGAAGACCAGCCACUCUCCAGAGAAAACAGAAAGAAUAUUUUGCUUUUAUUGAGCACUAUUACAACUCUCGGAAUGAUGAUGUUCACCAGGACACCUACAGGCAGAUCCAUAUAGACAUCCCUCGAAUGAGUCCAGAAGCAUUAAUACUUCAACCCAAAGUGACAGAGAUUUUUGAAAGGAUAUUGUUUAUAUGGGCGAUACGUCACCCUGCCAGUGGAUAUGUUCAGGGGAUUAAUGACCUUGUCAAUCUUUUCUUUGUAGUCUUCAUGUGCGAACACAUAGGUAAGACCAUAUCAUGAUGUUUUUUUUCCCUGCAGACAUUAAACGUGAACUUUGGUGGCCUUGCCAAGUUACUAUGCAUCAUUGCACCAAUGUUGAGAUGUGCCAUUAAGUUAAAUGUUGUAAUGACAACUGAAAAUAGAGAGUAUAGUUUCCUCAUUGACGCCAGCUUUAAAAAAAGUCUGUAAAUCCACGUGUUUAACUACUGAAGAAGACAUUAAGAUGCAGUUUUUACUCUUACUGUCUUCUUUUUAACCAUACACGAGGAGCAUGGUUUUGUUCUGAUGGCUGGCUUUCACGGGGUGGAUUUGAAUGGGUCGGGUCAAGGUGACAGAACGUUAGUCGAAUGUUCUGCUGACAAGCUAAAACCUGAGCUUUGAUUGCAUUCUGCAGCACGUUGUCUCCUUUCUACCUUUGAUGUUAGUAGCGGUUCAUUUUAUGGGAAUGUUAAUUACAUGCAAAGUAAUUGGUUUAACGGAGAUUUAGGUUGGGCAGUGCGGUCUCUCUUUGAGUGCUGUGUAUUUUUUUCUCCAUUUAUGGUAUAGCAGUCAACUGUAACAUAACUGUACCUGUUAUGAACAUAUGUUAAGCUUUAGAAAAAUUCUGAAAAUAUAAAUGUGGGAUCUACUUUUUUAAUUUAUCGGUGGAUAAAAAAUAAAUAACCAAAGGAGGGAUUUGCCGUUUGCGUGCAUUUUUAUUAAAAACCAAUUUUAAUUUGUCUUCACGUGAGCCUUCCCGACUUGAUAUUUGUUUGUUUUUAUGAGAUUGUGUCUUUAGCCGCUUCAGCUUCUCAUCAUGGUUGUGAUCCGAGGGAGGAGGUUUGGCUGGAACAGAUUACUCUCUGAGGACGAGAACAUGCUCGUUCAGUGCGUUUUAUUGCAACCUCUCACACUUUGUUUGCGUUGCUGAUUUCAUAGGAGGGCUUUCAUUGCUAAGCAACUAAUGAGGACCACCACGGCU